AUGCCAAAGGUCCUCAGCUACACGCCAGAGUGGCUUUCGCGCCCCAGCCCCGGCUACCAUCUGUUUGCGCGCAAGCAGUCCAACGGGAACGGCGCCGAAGCAAAGCGCAAUGACGUUGGCCGGCGCACGACGAUUGCUGCGAGGGGCUCGGAGAUCUUUGUGGCCGUCGGACACGAGAUCAGAUGGGCCGACCUGGUCAACUUGAAGGAAGGCAUCUCGCCCGCAUACCGCACACUCCGCGUCUCGAUCCCACUGCCCAUCACGCGACUCUCCAUUUCCCCCGCCGGCGACUACCUCGCGGUCUCGACUUCGCACACCGUCCACGUCGUGACCCUCCCCGACUCCUCGCUCCUGGAAUCUGGCAAUGACGACAGUCCCAUCAGACCGAAGACGUUCCAAGUCGGUCCCACCGCACACGUCCUCGAAGAGCCGCCAGUCGCGACAACACUAUGGCACCCUCUGGGCUACCGCGGCCGAUGCUUGGUAACCAUCACAAAGGCAGGCGUGGUUCGAUUGUGGGAAAUCAAUCGUGCGGACAGGUCGACGUUCAGCGAGCCCGCUCUCUCCAUCGAUCUGGUCAAGCUGAUCAACGCGCAAAAGGACCAGGACGACCUUGGCGCCUCGACAUACGGAGCAUCCAAGGGUUUUUCCCCAGACUCAGUUGAGCUCGAGGUCGCAUCUGCUUGCUUUGGAGACUUCCCCGAGCAAGAAGGUGUACACGGUUGGGCCCCCAUGACUUUGUGGAUCGCCACUGUCAUUGGAAACGUAUACGCCCUGUGUCCCAUACUUCCCAGCCGGUGGCAACUGGUCGAGACUCCUGGUGCCUUUACUUUUCUCCAGACACUAGCUUCGUCCAUCAACAUCAAUUAUACGGAGCUAUCCGAGAAUGACUCUGCGCCGAUCGAGGACGUGAAGACCUCUGAGAAGCAAAUCUCGUGGCUGUCUGACAUUUUGUACGAAGAGCCCUUCCUCGAGAACUUGUCCAACGGCGACUCGGUCAAGGUCUUCAAUCGCCCGUCUAGCACGCCUGCAGUACCGCUUCUGCAGGGCCCAUUUGCAAUGACGCCCCAGGGAGAGGAUUUCGAACUGAGCGACAUGAUUGUCUACUCCUUGAAGACGUUUUCAGAUGGAUCAGACGAGGAAGCAGCGGAGGGUCUACCAGCAGCCGUCGUCUGCUUGCUGACUGAUACAUGCAAAGUCCAUGUUUGCAUCGAUCUGGAAGGGAUAGUCGGGCGAUGGCUCCCAUCCGCAGAGGAUGAUUACGAGACGACGCAGACAGAGCAUGAUCUGAUCAUCGCUGAGACAAUCACUCUGAAGGGCAACGGCGAAUCGACGUACAACCAAACGAUCACGCAAGAUGUGCACACCGACUUUUCCUUCUUUGUUUCGACCGCCAGUGGAGUCACGUACAUCUCCAUGGAGCCUUGGAUACGCAAGUUAGAAAACGAGCUUUCCGAGCCACACGCAGAAGGUGCUGAGUUUCGUCUACAGCGCCUCCUGGGCGCAGCUAGCAGCCAAGUCACUCAAUAUCUGGAGCGCCGAUCGACGAACAGCACAUUUGAGCAAGAAGUCACAUCAGCCGUCAUCGUCGAGGAUGGUAAUGUUGGAUAUAUCCUCUUGACUACAGUGAAUGAUGAGCCUCAUGCCGCACUGCUCGAUGCUCCUGAGGAUGGUAUACCCACAGAAGAAGAGCUUGCCGAGUACAUCGAAGCAAACGUGCCACGGAAAGAAGUGCGCGAAGCAUGGGCGCCCCCAAAAGAGCUCUACGACCCUUUCAACUUGCUCAAUUCGAUCAAUAUCCCUGCCCGACACAAGGCAUCGCUUAAAGAUGAAGUGAGGCUAUCACCGGCUAACCUCGAGUUGCUGAUGGACGUACACCGAGUACUAUCAACACAGACUGAGAAGCUUCAGAAGGCUGUCGCCGAUCUCUUCAACCGCGCCACACGUCUGCAAGACGAGUUUCGAGACCAAGUGUAUAGGACCGCUGAGGUCGUGCCAAAGAUCGAUGCUGUCAUUGGCAACGAUGAGGAGCCCUCCGACAGCGGGUCCUUGUAUGGAACCGCCCAGAUCGAUGACCGCUUGGAGCAAGUCAGGAAGAGACAGGACGCAAUCAACGCACGCUACGAGAGCUUGCGUCGCAAGAUGAACAGCAUAGGCUCGAACGAGCUGAGCGAGAAGGAGGCCAGCUAUGUCGAAGAGCUACAGACAAUGGAUAGGUCAGUCGACAAGUCGAAUAGGACUCUCACCGACGAUGUCGAUGGGAGCGAGGUAUCGGCAUGGCAGCGCUUGAACAAACUCAAGGAGCUUCGCAAGACACUCGAGAAACAGGUGGAAAACACACAGAAGGAGGAACAGGCGCAGGCUGCAAGCGUCAAGGUGCCAUCUUACUCUCGCAGACAGGAGAACGAGUAUAUCCAGGAGUUGCUGCAGCGAAAUACUGCGCUUGUGGAUGCGGCAACUGAUCGUCUGCGGAGCCUUGGCAUUUCCAUUCCUGUCGACAGCGGAAAUUGA